GUUUAUCUCAUGUCACAUUAUUUAAAGUGACAAGAUAGUUUAGAAAAUAAAAUUUUAUAACUUUUAAAAUCCACGACCUAAUAUAAACCUUAAAAUUUUUUUUCACAAUAAACCGUGAUGCUCCUCCCGUUCAAAUUUCUUUCGUUUAAAAAAAAAUGACUCUUUCCCUUCUUUUAAUGAUAUUUAACUUUAAUUUUUUAACUUAAAUACUCCCUUAAAAAAUAUCUACUUUAAUUUGACGUAAUUUUUUAUUUUUUUUAAAUUUGAAUUUUGAAACUUUAAAUUAAAGUUGUAUCAAAUGUAUCAAAAUAUUCUUUAAUUUUGUAAUCCUAAACAUGCCAUGUGAAAAGUUGAAAUUAAAGUAUUGCCAAAAAAGAAAAUGGAUCAUUCUUUUUAAACUAACUAAAAAGAAAAAUAUGUCAUUCUUUUUUAAACGGAGAAAGUAUUUAAGAUCAUAAAUAUUUUUAACUUAUCUUAAUUUAAAAUUAGAAAUUUCUCAAAUUUUAUGUUAAAAUUAAAAUAUGUAAAACUCUCAUAAUGCAUAGAAUUCGAGAAGGAUUUCAUCACAAGGGUGUAUGAUCCUCAAUUUUAUCUUGCAUUUAUGUUGGAUAUUAUUUUUAAGAUUUAAACUCAUAAUUAUCUGAUUACAUAAUAAUAAUUUUAUUAGUUAUUUUAAUAUAAUUCUUUAAAUAAAUAUUUUUUUUUCUUUUAAAAAGGGACUUAAAAAGAAAAGUGGCGUGUAAGAUAAAGAAGUGUGCGGUAUAAAAGAGCAGGUAAGGGGUGUAAGAAAGAAGACACUUGUCGAGUGGAGCAAAGCCCUAAAAUCAGCGAAGAAGAAGGAAACGACACGCUUCUGCUCUCUCCGCUGCUCCUCCUUCUCUGCAAGGAUAAUCAAAUACCCUUGGUGUUGUAGUACCAUGGGAUCUUACAUGAACUUCAAGAACAUUGCUGACACACCACAGCCAGAGAGCAACACGGGGAAGUCAAUGGGUAAUGGUGAUCUCCCUUUGGCUAGGCAAUCUUCCAUAUACUCGUUGACGUUUGAUGAGCUUCAAACUACAUUUAGUGGACUUGGAAAAGAUUUUGGAUCAAUAAAUAUGGAGGACCUGUUGAAAAGCAUUUGGUCAGCUGAAGAGUCUCAAGCUGUGGUAUCGUCUAAUGGUGGAGGAGAUGAUGGGAAUGGGAAUCUACAGAGGCAAGGUUCUUUCACACUACCUCGGCCACUUAGGCAGAAAAGUGUUGAUGAAGUAUGGAGAAACUUUCAGAAAGAAACUGUUGGUACCAAAGAUGAAAGUGCCUCUGAGAAAUCAAGCUUUGGGCAGAGGCAAUCUACCUUGGGAGAAAUGACAUUGGAGGAGUUCUUGGUGAAGGCCGGGGUAGUUAGAGAAGAUAUGCAAUCUAAUUCAAACUCAAUUGGUAUUACAUAUAACGAUGGUUUGAGUCAGCAGAAUAACAACAGUUUGAACAUAGCAUUUCAGCAACCAACUCAAGACACUGGACUGUUGAUUAAUCAGAUGGCAGCCAAUAACAUGUUGAAUGUGGUUGGUGCCACGGCUUCACAGCAACAGCCUCAGCAGCAGCAGCGGCCGCUUUUCCCCAAGCAAACAACAGUUGCAUUUGCAUCUCCUAUGCAAUUAUCGAACAAUGGUAACCUAGCUAGCCCUCGGACAAGGGCUCCUGCUGUUGGAAUGUCCAGUCCUUCUGGAAAUACUAAUAAUAUAGCUCAAGGCGGAGUUAUGGGGAUGGGAGAAUUUCACAGUGGAGUUUCACCAGCAAAAGGAGGAUCCCCUGGAAACGAUUUCACUUCAAGGAGCAAUGUGGAUACAUCGUCUCUUUCACCUUCCCCUUACGCAUUUAAUGAAGGGGGAAGAGGUAGGAGAUCCGGUAGUUCUUUGGAAAAAGUUGUAGAGCGAAGGCGUAGGAGGAUGAUUAAGAACAGAGAAUCUGCAGCUAGAUCAAGGGCUCGGAAGCAGGCCUAUACUUUAGAGUUGGAAGCUGAAGUGGCAAAGCUUAAAGAAAUUAAUGAAGAGUUGCGGAAGAAACAGGCUGAAAUUAUUGAGAAGCAGAAAAAUCAGCUACUGGAUAAAAGAAGUAUGCCAUGCGGAUAUAAAUUAAGAUGCUUGAGGAGGACACUGACAGGGCCUUGGUAGAAGAAUGUGGAGUUGAAGCAAAAUCAAGAUUAGGCAAUGGUUAGGUGGAUGGAAUUGUGAGUUUAUGAUCUGAUUCAGAUCUAUUUCACAUAUGUGGUGACUUCAUGUAUGGGAUUGAGAUGGUAUCUAUUCAUGUACAUUAUGUAAACGGUCUGCUUGUAUGAAUUUGCUAUUUGUGCACUUCUUAUUUGCUUCACCACAUUACUGAUAUAGGCAUUAUGCAAGAAGAAUGUAUCAGUUCCAUAGCUAGGUGAUAGAUUUAUUACUAGAACGAAAGAGAAACAUAUUUGGAGGUAGCUUUUCUCUGUAAAAAUAAUACAGCUAUAUACCAACAACUCUACUUCCUUA